AUGGUCGGCCCAAAGCCGACCAAGGCCUGUGUAAAUUGCCGACGACUGAAGAUGAAAUGCGAAGUAUCCGGACCUCCUCCAUGUCGCCGUUGCCGUCACACUCGAGCUGCCUGUGUCUUCAAGCCCCGGGCCAAUGCAUCUGCGAUGCAUGAAUUAAUGGAGAUGCAACAAGAUCAAGCUUUUGGUUCUUCGCCAGUGAUCCCGGAUCACCAGUCAAUUCUGAACCGGCUGGCCAGGAUCGAGUCUGCGCUCGGCAUCACCGAAGGCUCCCAGGACCCCGAAGACGAAGUGAGUUUGUCUCAUGGGGCAAGUCCUGAUGAAGAUAUGGAGGCUGUGCCACUACAUGGUGUAUGGACAGCGCUUGCGCAUUUAAGACUCAUCACUCGUCCCCCUCCAGAUGAUAGUGUCUGGUCGCGAUCCGCUGUUCAGCAGCUAUGGAGCUCCUUCUUGAAAAACCUCCCACUUCUUCACUUCUUAACAGACCAUAGCGCGUUCGCUUCUCCGACCCCUGUUCUGCUCGCUUCUGUGCUUUACAUAUCCGCUCUGCAUCACCCGUUCGGUAGACUGGCAUCGUUGGACUCGGGCUAUUUCGCCGCCAUGUACAGUGCGAUCGCUGAGCUUGUGACUCCGUCUCUGCAUCCAAGUUCCCUGCAGGGAGAGCAGAAGGACGAAGAACAAAAUAAAAGAGAGAAGGCAUUCCAUGACAUUCUUGGGUUGGUCAUGGCUAGUUUGAGCUGCGAGGCUUACGUUGGGGCUACAGGCUCAUGGAUUGCAAUGGCAUACCGUAUCUGGCUUGAUCAUUGUCCAGCAGAGAUGAAUUCCACUACGAAAGACUGGCGUGCGUUGUUCUCCGGUCUUCAGGUCAUUGAUAUUGAACACGCCUCGAUGCACAUGUCCUAUCCACUCCUCCCACGACAAGCUAUAAAUCCAACUAUACAGCGGUUGGAUAGCAGUCAAGGAAAUGCCUUCCAGGGCCUUGCAGAAAUGAUGCACUUUGGGCUGAGUCAUUUUGUCGGCCGUGGACUACCGAGCAUAUGGUCCUCACUCAAUGCAGAUGACGCCGAUAUCGUGCCUACGGCUCGGUCACCAUUUACCGAAAGUGACUCGCAGGUCAUCCGGCAUUGGGCACGGAAGCUUGAUGAUUGGCUAGUACGGUAUAAUGGCUCAUCCCAGCCCACUCCGUCUGAUCGACAAGGUAUUCUCAUUUUGCUCCAGUAUCACCUGCACAAACUAUAUGUGCUCUCGAUCUAUCAUCCCGCUCGCGGAUUUGAUCUCAGUCCUGCGAACAUUAGUUCUUUUGAGCGACAUGAGUUGCUUAUUUCGGCUCGGGCAGUUUUGAGACUGAGGCAAGAUGAUGCGAGCAUAUGGUCUAAUUGGGACUUAGUUAUGAUCACAUGGGCGGCGGUAUUACUCCUUCAAGGAGUUGAAGAUGGCAUGACUCACCAAGAUGAUUUGCACCUCAUCCAAGUACAUCUCCAAAGUCUGGAACGAAGAAACCAGUCCGCUGCAAGCAUUCAUACGGUUCUAUUCCACCGACUCGAGUCUAGCAUGCAAGCCAUGCAUACUCCACCAGACACAAGCGUGGCAUUAGCAUUCCCACACCCAAGCGCGGAAGACUCAUGGACUAUAUUUGACCAAGAGAUAAUGUCUCUUGCAAACCCGCCAUGGUUAUUUGAUGAAUCGACGCAGCUGCCACAGAUCCAAAAAGCCUCUGCAGUGCACCAGUUACAGUCUGGACUUCCAUCUUUCCAGUACGACACUACCAUUCUAGCAUCUACAUCCCAACAAUUUGCACCACAUACACAGUAG